AUGUUGCACUUGCUACCACUAUGCGAGUGGCAGGACCGGGACCGGGAACGGGACCAGAACCAGGACCCGGACCAGGACCAGGCAAAAAGGGAUGCUAGGCCAGCUGCUUCGGCUGGUGGCGAGUGUGAAUGCGAGUGCGAGACACAACUCGAUAGCCUGGAGUUGGAUGCGUCACCACAGGCACAGGCACAGGCACAAGGACACAAGUGUCCCAACAGCAUGAUCUUUCGCAUCGAGCAACUGUUGCCUGGCGCCACAACAACAACAACAACACCAGCAACAGCAGCAGCAACAACAAUGGCAACAACCACAAACUCCACGAAGCGAACACGUCCGAAUUUAAGACCAGGUGUUUAUACGGCCCAAUAUACGCCAAAGGACACUUGCUCCAGUGGUGUACCAACAGCGGCACUGCUUAGCUGCAUGGCCACGCCCACGCCAAGUGAUGCCCAUGUCCACUGCACCAUGGUCAAUGAGGAGUUGGCACUGUCUGCCACACUGCUGCGCCAGAUCAAGCUCUCCGAGGACAUCUACAGCUUCAAUGCACUGUUCGAGCUGCACGCAGGACAACUGCGCAUUCGCCUGGUGCGCGAUGUGGCCCGCGAGGAUGAGGUGGUUGCCUGGUUUGACGAGGAGUUGGUCCUCCUAAUGGGCAUACCCUUCCUCACACCACUUAACAUUCAAGGCAACAAUCGUUACACCUGUCACUUGUGCCAUCUGACUUUUGAGACGCCGCAUCCUUUGAAGAUACACCUUGCCUUGGGUUGCGGUCGCAGCGUUAUGGAUCUACUCUGGAUGCGUUUACACUAUGCACUAAAAUCAGCGACACGUGCCACUACCACGCUAACACACUCACCCACUCCGGCCACCUCCUCGACAUCGUCAGCAUCGCCAAAUAGAUCUCCGCCACCGCCAGCAGUUCAUCCUCCCCAGGUGAUGUCUCCCUCGCGUUUCUCCGCCUUUCGUCCAUUGGCGGCAAUGCAAUCGCUGACAUUGCCACUUGCUAGUCACUCGCAGCCCACCUCCUACCUGCCCUCGAUGACGAUGAGUGCACCACUCUCUGCGCAUCCAAUGAAUGCUGCUGCUCAGAUCGAGGCCAUCGUCAGCAAUAUGGGUGCCUCGAAGCAAGGACACCUGUGCAUCUAUUGUGGCAAGGUAUAUUCCCGCAAGUAUGGUCUGAAGAUUCACAUACGCACCCACACGGGCUUCAAGCCGCUCAAGUGCAAGUUCUGUCUGCGUCCCUUCGGCGAUCCCAGUAAUCUCAACAAGCACGUUCGCCUCCAUCUCCAAUCCCAGCCCGGCGUCGGGGGGGAAGCGGAGUCAGAGUCAAGUUUACAGUGUCAGAUAUGUCACAAGACGCUCGCCCGCUCCAGGGAUUUACAGCGACACAUGGAGACGCGACACUCUAACAAGGGGUAG